CUACACACCCCCAUCGCACCGCUACAAAAACUCCUCUGACCACCCCUUAGUUCCAUCAAACGGUUCCCACCGAGGCAACACACUAACACUCCUACCCCAGCGCCACACUUCCUCCCAAUUCCCACUGGAUCGAGAUUCUCUUCCCAGUUUCCAAAUCAGCGCACGAAAACGUCCUCUACGCGUCUCGCCACCUCCUUAACGACCAAGUAAAAUCUCAAUCCAGUCAAACGGUAUGAUAAAAUCUCUCAUCAGAUCUACACGCCCCUCGGGGUUUUCAGAAAAAUCUUACCGUUUUGUAUUCACAGACAGAGGGAGUUAGGGUUUCGAGAAAAUCUUACCGUUUUGGCCUGGUCGCGGAGAUGGUGAGGCCCUCCGAGAACUGGGAGCGGCUGGUGCGGGCGACGCCGCAGAGGGAGAAGCUCCGGCAGCCGCGGCAGCCACGAUAGGGCACCGAGGUGGAUCGCCGGCUCUGUGCCGCCGUCGCUCACCAACAUCGACCUGAUCUUGCAGGCCGCCGACGAGAUUCAGUCCGAGGACCCCAAUGUCGCCUGAAUCCUUUGUGAGCAGGCAUAUACUAUGGCACAAAAUCUGGACCCUAACAGUGAUGGUAGAGGUGUUCUUCAAUUUAAGACCGGUCUGAUGUCUGUGAUCAAGCAAAAACUUGCCAAAAGGGAUGGCGCUAAAAUAGAUCAUAACCGUGAUGUGGAACGCUUGUGGGAAUUCUAUCAACUGUAUAAGAGGCAGAGUGGAUGAUAUGCAAAGAAAGGAGUAGAAAUUACGGGAAUCUGGACCUUCCCGUGCUAAUUUGGGAGAGUAUGGCCUUCUUAUCCACUAAUACGACUGUUUGAGAUCUAUCCAUUAAGUCGUAAAUCUUCUUGAGCAGCUAAUAUAAUUUUGCCAUGGAGCCCUAUCACUAUAAUGGCAAGAGCCCUAUCGCUGUAAAAACUAAAUUUGCCAUGUUCCUAUGCCUUAACUGCAAAGCUUCAGAAGUCAAAAAUGGCGAAAAGAGCUUCAGAAUGCACGAAUGGUUGGACAAUCGGUCGACUCCUUUGGAAGCCGGUCAACCGCCCAUGUUCUGAUGGUUAUUGUAAAUUGGCAGAGCAGCGGAGAUGGUCUGCGUUGUUUCCUGGUGGUGGAAGUGGUGGAGGUGGUCACUAGUGUUAAGUUAGGGUUCAGGCUUAGGGUAGUUGACGAAGAGGAAGAGAUGGGUAGAAAUGUAACCAGUGGAUUUGUCUUUCCCAGUCUCAAAAUUGGCUGGUGCAGUUAACAUUGUGUUAAAUGGGAUGAACAUUGUGAUUGUGCUUACAAGUCCUCAAACGACCGGGAUUUCCGUGCUGAUAAUGGAGGGCAGGUUGGAACUCAGAUCUUCAGAAAUGAAAAAGGUUUUUGCUACAUUGAGGGCCUUGGUUGAGGUGAUGGAAGCACCGAGCAAAGAUGCAGCUCCUGAUGGUGUAGGAAGACUUAUUGUGGAGGAGGUAAGAAAGAUAAAAAAAUCAGAUGCACCAUUAUUAGGGGAGCUCACACCCUACAACAUCGUCCCUCUGGAAGCACCAUCAUUAACAAAUGCUAUUGGGUUUUUUCCAGAAGUUAGAGGUGCAAUAUCUGCUCUUAGAUACUCUGAAACUUCAGGUUUCCAGCUGGUUUUGAACUUCCUGCACUGCGGGAUGUGGGCAUGUUUGAUCUUCUGGAAUACGCGUUUGGCUUUCAGAAAGACAAUGUAAGGAACCAAUGUGAGAAUGAUGUGCUUACUGUAGCAAAUGCCCAGUCAUGACUUGGAGUGCCUGGUGAGGCUGAUCCGAAAAUAGAUGAGAAGGCUAUCACAGGAGUUUCUUGAAGGUGCUGGAUAACUAUAUAACAUGGUGCAAAUAUUUGCGGAUGCGUCUUGUAUGGAAUAGUCUUGAAGCCAUUAAUAGG